AUGUCGAACGAUCGCAACGCUCAAGAGCUCCUCAAAUGGGGUCUCGCUAACUCGGCCAACUCGGCCAACCCCUCCUCCUCCUCCUCCUCCUCCACUGCCGUCGCUCCCGUCGCCAACCAGCAAUCGAUCGACCAGAUCUCCGCCGAUAUCCAAGCCGGUCGACGUCCUGACCUCUCCGAUCCGAACCUGUACAACGCCAUCAUGGGUAAAUCCGAAGCUCAGAUGAUGUCCGAAGAACUCUCAGUCGCCACCAACCCCACCCUGCCUCUCUCGGAUCGUCUCACGGCGCUGGACAACUUCGAAAUGCUCAUCGAGCAGAUCGACAACGCCAACAACAUCACCUCGCUCAAAAUGUGGCAGCCAAUCAUCUCGCUCCUCACCGCCGCGGAACCGGAGAUCCAGACGGCAGCGGCGUGGAUCGUGGGUACGGCGGUGCAGAACAACGAUAAGGCGCAGAUGGCGAUUUUGGACUUUGGACCGGUGCAGUCGCUGUUGGAGCUGUCGGGGAGUGGAGUGGAGGAGGUUAGGGCGAAAGCGAUGUAUGCGUUGAGCGGGUUGUUGAAGCAUAACCCGGUGGCUAUGGAUCAGUUUGACAGGUUGGGUGGGUGGAAGGUGUUGAGGGAGUCGCUGUUGGAUCCGAACUUGGGAGUUAGGAGGAAGACUGCUUUCCUCAUCAACUCGCUCCUCUUCCAAGAUCCGAACACCCUCGAUUCCACGUCCACUCCUGACCCGGUCAACAGCACCGCAACCGCCAUCGCCCCCAUCGCCCCAUCCUCACAAGACACCACCUCACCCCCCGUUCCUCUCGAACGCGGCCCCGCAACACAGCUCACCUCCACCCCCCACCCCAACGUCUCCCUCGCUCUCCUCACCUCGCGCAUCAUCCCCAUCCUCAUCUCCUCCCUCCUCCCCCACUCCGACCUCCUCCCCCCACCCUCCGGCCCAGAUGGAGAUACCGACCCGCAAACCGACCUCGAUUUCACAGAAAAAGCCGCCACCUCCAUCCUCACCUUCACCGCUAAACUUCCACCUACCCCCACACACCUCCUGGACGAUCAAACAAGGUCCCUCCUCAAAGAACUACGAGUUCAACUCGAAGGUCCUCCAUUGGAUGCUGCGGAUGGCGCCACUACUAGGUGGCAGGAACUCGGCAUCGAUCAACCCGACUUCGAGGCGUUCAAGCAGAAAGUUCAGACUCUGUAA